AUGCGCCUGGACGGAAAACGACACCGGGAACCACUACCGGCGACGAGUGACUCCCGCCUGUCUCCCAAUCCCCUGUUCUUUGUUCAAGACUCCAUCUGUGGACUGCUGUUGCUGAUCGCCACAGGCGCAGAGUGUGGCCACUCGCCCUCGUGGACGACAGCAACACAACAACCUCAAAUCUUCUUCUUCUUCGACCAUUUCCCCGUAGUGGGUAGCCGCCAUUGCUUCGAGCACGAGAACAAGAACGUGAGCCAACGAAUCGUCCCCGGCCUCGCAAGCCCUGUUGAAAGCCCCGUCGGCAUCACCAUGGUGUCGUGCUCGAGAUUGUGUCUGUUCGUCUGGAGAAGGCUCCUCCUGCAGACCUUGUGGCGCCACUACGCUUCGCUAGCCGUCGAGAUGGUCUUCGUGGUGGCCACCUUCAUGUACAUGCUCUACCACGACCGCGUGGACAAAGCCCAAGUGAAGAAGCUCAACCGCAGCUACGUGGACCUCGCCGAGCUGAAGUCGAUGAACAUCGAGCACCUUCGGCUGAGGUUGCCGCGUGGGCUCACCGUCGUCUAUGGCCCCGGGAACGAGCACACGGACCAGGUGGUCAAUACGAUCUUCAAACUGAUAGGACGGGUGCCAACCAGAGGCGAAGACGUCCAGCCGGAACCGACGUCGGACGACGUGCAGGUGACGCCGACGGACUACGUUCAGCGACACGACCACGGCGCCUCCGUGCCCGCAAGCUGUCGCGAGGCGUCGAGCAAACUGCUUCGUCGCGGCACGUUCGUGCACACGGUGGGGCGCACGAUGUGCAUCCAAUUCGAGACGGCCGCCACUCCCAAGGGCCUCGACUACAGCCUGGUCAUGCUCGUGCCUCCGGAGAUCGUCAUACCGGAAGGAAUACUCUACGACGUGCACGAACUGUUCGCCGAUCCUUCGAUAACUGCCGGAAGCGACGUGGUGGCGAUGGUUUCGGACAUCAAGGAUUACAGGAACGGAUUCUUCGCCGCUCUGUCGAUCGCAUUCUGCCUGCCACUCGUGUGGCGUGUGCGGGACAUCACCACGGAGAUAGAGUACGGUCUGAAGGAGGUCCAGGAGGUCAUGGGUCUCUCGACGGCCGAGUUUUGGCUGGGCCACUUCUUCUCGGCCCUACCCAUCUCCAUGGUCGAAGCGUCACUCGCAACGGCCGUCGUCCUUUUUCAAGAGAAGGAGUACGUGCCGCUGAGGAACGUCAGCGUGUACAAGAGCGAGGACCUCGACUUCACGCUGAACCCGCAUGCCGACGACGACGACGACGUCACGCCGUCCUCCUCGACUUCCAACGUCAGCAGGACCGCGUCGAACAAGUUUGUGCGCGUCUACCCCGUCGUGCGCCAAGAGACGCGCUACCUCGAGAACGCGGACGGCUCCCUCGUGGCGGCGUGUUUUCUCUUCUUCUGUUUCUGUCACACGGUCCUGGCUCUGCUGGUCGCGUGCGUCUUUCCUCACGGUCGAUGGGCGAUGGUGAUUGCAUUCGCAGUGUUCUUCAUGUUCCCGUGCCUGGACGGUGACAAACUGGGCUUCAUUUUUGGCACCAGCCUCUUCACGUAUCUGAGCACUGCGAGGGCGGAGAAACUGCGCACCGCCUUCUACCCCAACGUGGCGCUCAGCACGGUCAUGAAGAUCAUCGGCAUCUUCGACGACUUUGAAAAAUCGGCUCACUGGAAAAUUAUCACGAAGCCGGCUCUAAACCUAGACAACGUGACCGUCAGAGACAUGAUGGCUGUCAUGUUGGCCACAUUCUUAGUAACCGCCCUAAUGGUUGGCUACCUGUCUCAGGUGCUACCGGGGACGACAUCCAGGCCACAACGGCUUCUGUUUCCCAUAUCGAAAUCGUACUGGUACCCACCGAAACCGUCAACGGCCGAAACCGAAAGAGAAGAGCAGAGUCCAGUCAUCGAAGAACGUUUCGAAGCUGCACCAAGCUUGAAAGCCGCCAUCGAGUGCAAGAAUAUCAAUAAAGUGUUCGAUAACACCAUUGCUCUAAACAAGGUGGCCCUGACGAUCUACGGGAGUCAGGUGACGGUGCUGCUCGGCCACAACGGCGCUGGCAAGACGACGUUGAUGAGCAUUUUGACAGGUCUUCUGGAGGCCGACAGCGGAAAGAUACUUCUUCGUGGACGAGAGGUGACCAGUUACACGAUCCGAGGAGUCAUGGGCUUCUGUCCCCAGACGGACGUAUUCUUCUCGGACCUUACCGUGCGCGAUCAUCUGCAAUAUUUCGGCAUACUCAAGGGACUGCGUAGUUCCGAGAUCAAUCGAAACGUGAAAGUCCUGCUGGAGACUGUGCAACUGGCUGACAAGCUAUACGCCUAUCCCGAUGAGCUGUCUGGAGGAAUGAGACGGCAGCUGAGCAUCGCCAUCGCUCUGAUCACGCGCCCGAGGGUCUUGAUCAUGGACGAGCCAACCGUGGGCAUGGACCCCGAAACGCGACGCGUCGUCUGGACGCUGGUGCAAGGCCUUCGCGGAAGAACAACUCUGCUCCUCUCGACGCACGACAUGGAGGAAGCCGAACGAUUGGCCGACCGCAUCGUAGUAAUGUACAAGGGCAACGUGAUCUGCAGCGGAUCGCCGAGCUUCCUGAAGAGCGCUAGCGGCGUCGGCUACAAGGUACGCUUUUGGAAGGUCCCCGGUGCCUUCAAGACGAACGAGGUGCUUGCGGUGACCCGGACGGCUUGUCCCCGUGCCGUCAUAGAGGAGGACAAGGAGAACGAAACGGUCAUCGCGACGAACACGCUCAAGAGGGACGGCUUCCAGGCUAUGUUUCACGAGCUGGAAACCAAGGGCGCGGCGCUCGGCAUCAGGAGCAUGGGAGUGUCCGUUGCGACAGUAAAGGACGCCUACCUCAAAAUAUACAAUCUGUGGGCUGAAGGCGCCAAGGUUCAAGUCGUCGCAACUACAACAGCGGCCCCGGUCACCACGUUCGUGCACGGAAAUCAGAGGCGACCUCACGGGUGGCAGCGCUUCUAUGCCCUGAUUCACAAGAGGCUGUUGUACCUGUUGCGCACGCCGUUCCUCUUUUUCACCGGCUGGAUCCUUCCACUCGUCAUCGCCCACAUCGGUAUCGGCAUCGUCAAGCUCAAUGCCUUCCGGCUGCCAUUCGAAUACAGGUACAUCGAUCUGAACGCCGGUGCUUACGUCGGAGCCAGAAAGUCGACCCUGCGAACCUUCAUUCAGGAAGACAAGCGAACCAACGAAUCCUUGGGCUACAAGGUUCUCCUCGAGAGCAUGAACGUACCGCACAUGCAAAUCUUGAGCGUCCUGUACUCGCUGUUCACCAUGUACGACAAGAUAUUCUUCAAGUACGCCUCUUACUUCUCUUUCGGCACCGUCUUCGAUACUGCAUCGAUUCAAAUGUGGUACAACCCUCUGAGUGUGAUCGCGGCCAGCAUCCAACAGAACCUCAUCGACACUGUCCUGCUUCGGCUGAAGACGAGUCAGCCCAACACUCGCAUCGACACCGGCGUGUCGUUGUACACGUUCACCGAGGACGAGAUACGCGCCAACGUGAUCGAGCGUGACCCGCUGAACGACCUGGCGGAGCUUCUGGAGCACACGUGGGCCUACUGGGGCGUCAUGGGAUCGGUGAGCUUCGGCCUGGUCAUGUCGUCGUUCGUGGUGCUGCCCUCUAUCGAGAUCUGCAGCGAGGCCCGUCAGCUGCAACUCAUGACGGGCGUCUCUGGUUGCCUCUACCUGGCCACUAACUUCCUCUUCGACCUGGUCUUCUACCUGGUGCCGAUGGCAACCAUUUACGGCGGCUUCGCCGUGAUUUUUGGUCUGCACGACGAGACGCUGGCCUCGUUGCUCAUCAUUAUGAUCGCGUUUGCACCCCUGGGCAUACUUCUACCCUAUCUGAUAUCGGAGCACGCCCCUGAUGGUAGCACGGCAUACGCUAUUGUCCUCGGACUCUUCGCGAUUGCAGGUCCAGGCACUAUAAUCGGAUUUCUUUACGCGUCCGACGCUUUUGAGGGGGAGAUCCUGAGGCUUCCCUUCAUGUUCUUCCCGCCAUUCGCACUCUCGGCGACCACGGUGCGCGCCGUCAAUCUCAAGUACGAAGUGUCGAUAUGCGAUUACCUGCGAGGCAGGAAGAAGCUGCUGGAGAAACACUUCGAUUUCUGCAACUCGGUGAAGCCAUACGGCGCGGCUAUACGAUUUUGCUGCGACGUGCUGACGAACAAAACUCACAGCGAGUGGCAGGAAAUCCAGCUCCUGUCAACUUCGCCCUACGGGAUCCUACAGGACAUUCUCAUCAUGCUUCUUCUGGGCUUCCUGGUGUUCCUCUACCUGCUCCACCGGGCGCUGGGCCUGCCUCCGCUGUUGAGACAGAAGACGGAACCGCCGGCGAUGAGGCCCGACCACAAGGAGGACGAAGACGUCGCGGCCGAGAGGGCGGCCGUCGAGCUCAUCUGCAGGCAACAGCGCUUCGCGGAGCACACGCUCGUGGCUCGGUGCCUGCACAAGCUGUACGGGCAGCUGCACGCCGUGCGGGGACUGUCGUUCGCCCUGAAGCCCGGCGAGUGCUUCGGUCUGCUCGGCGUCAACGGCGCCGGCAAGACGACCACCUUCCGGAUGCUCGCCGGCCUCAUCCGGGCGACGUACGGCGACGCCUUCAUGAAGGACGCCGUCCUGUCUGACGACAUUCGGAAGUGGCAAUCGAGGCUGGGCUACUGUCCUCAGGGCGGUGCUCUGAUGAAUAAGCUGAACGCGUACGAGACGCUGUACUUGUACGGUCGUCUCCGCGGCAUUCCCGAGGACGUCCUUCCCGGAGCGGUGGAUUACGUCCUCUACGUCACAGACCUCAGCGACGAGGCGGGAAAGAGGUGCAUGAACUACAGCGGAGGCAAUAGGCGCAAGCUGUCCAUGGCCGUGGCCCUGAUCGGCCUCCCUGGGUUGGUGCUCCUGGACGAGCCGUACGCCGGCGUUGACGUGCUGGCCAGGACGCGAAUUCACGAGGCCCUCAACCCACUCAAGAACAGGACCGAGACCACGAUCGUGCUCACGUCGCAGAGCAUGGAGGAGUGCGAACUCUCCUGCGACCGUAUAUGCAUCAUGGUCGACGGGGAGAUGGUCUGCCUCGGAACGCUGCAGCACAUCAAGGACAGGUUCGGCAAAGGGUACAAGCUGCUCUUCACACUCCAGGAAGACACGUGGGUGGCCGUUGACCAGCUCGCAAGGGGAGUGCGCAAGUCCCUGCCAGGCAUCACGGUCAUCGACGUCCGCCGAAAAGUGGUCGAGUUCCGGAUGGAGGGCAAGGCUUCCCUGGAGCACGCUGUUCCAGAAGCUCGCCGUCCUGGAGAAGGAAUUUCCCUUCGAGCACGUUCUCGUCUCGGACAACACCUUGGAGCAGAUAUUUCAUCGAGUUCGCUCGUAAAGCGCACGCCGAAAAACCCAGGCGCGCUCUCGCCGCCGGCACUUCCACCACUGCCAGUGGGUCUUCUACGGCUACUACGGCUACAACGGCUACCUUUGCCACUACGGCUACUAUUUGAACGUUACCGACGUGUAGCCGCCCAUUGUUUAUGUAUUAGAAAUCUAGAGCGCGCGGCCACUCUCUCCGUAUACUGUGUUCGUCAAUCGUGUGCCUCGUUUGAUGUCCCCCGUGACAUCUUUCCUUGAUAUGCGUCCGAGCUCUGAACACCUCCUUCUCUAACGCUCUUAUUAUCUUUCAUUCCUUGCACCUGUUUCUAGCGUAUAUUGCUGCUGCUGAAGCAGAGCGAUCUCAUGAGUUCUUAUUUCUUGCCACGCAUUGCCCAUCAUUUGCUUGAAUAAAUUGUCGCU